AUGACCAAGACCGCGUCGCCCGAACCCGCGCAUGCAACUCCGGAUGCCUUCGACGCCCAACGCCAUGAACAAACCGCGCCCCUUCUUCACCAUGAUUCCGAUCCGCCCUCAUCACCACUGGAAUCCCUCGGAUCCGAGGAUUUCAGGGACCAACUAACCCCCAACGGCGUUGACUUCAUCGGCUUCGGCCCCCCUGUGCCGCCGCAAUCGCCAUCCUCAAGCUCCUCACCAUCAUCUCCCUCUCCUCUUUCGCCUCCGCCCAUCCCCUCCUCUCUCGAUGAAAACGAACGUCCUUCGAAACGACGCCGCACUCAAGAAUCUACACCUCCUCCUCCCUCUUCUGGACGAACGAAACAGAUAUCGCCCCCAUGGAAAAAGGCUGGCGCCGAUGGCCCGACUUCCUACACAGAGAACGGAAGACGAAAGUCUGGCCGCAUAAACACCUUACCCCUCGAGUUCCAACCGCCCUCCGGUAAGCGCAUGACGCGAGGAGCUUUUCACAGCAGUCCGCCCUCCAAGAACAAGUAUGCCUCGACAAAUGGCCAUGCGACAACACCCACACCCAACGGGCCUUCAAAAACUCCUUCUCGGAAACCGACCGCCGCUAAGCCUGCUCCCCUUUCGCUCAAGACUUCGAACCGAAAGUCCCUAUCCAACGAGACCAGAUCUGCUGCUCGAUCGACGCGGAAACGAUCCCCUUCACCGUCUGCGCAGCCUCUGAGGCAAUCCACCCGUACACGACGCGGCCGUCGCAGUUCUGUUGAGGAUCUUCCGACAGCAACUUCAACAAGCCCCAACCGAACGCGAAUCAAGUUGCGCGUCCGGGCGACUGAGCUGCCCGUGGUGCACCCGGAACAAGUCAGUAAGCGGCAGAGGAUCGGUCCUAACUUUGAGGAAUACUGGGAAAAUGCACAAACACUGCCGGUGGAAGACGGUGGCGUCUACGUCCCAGAAGAUGGCCCGACUUAUACGGAUGAGAUGGCUCAGAAGGAUGCCCAAAUCAUCCUCCGAGUUGAGGAGGCAGUUGAGUCUGGAGGAAUCCUGUCCCAGGAACGCUGCUCGAUUUUCGUACCGGAGGCUGAGGAGGAGCCCCCACGUCAAUGGGCUCACGCUGAUCACAUGGCCAAGGCCAUGGCCAACUUCCGGAAGUUAAUGCUGGCUGAGCAGCAGCGGCAUCGAGCACAAGCCAAAAAGGUUGCGGAAGCUUGCAGAGAUGCUUGGCUCCGCCGACAGCCCAAAUCGGCCGAGGAACUCGAAGCAGAAGCAAGGGAGGCGUGGAUCGGCCGAUAUAAGGUGGUGGUUAAGAGCAUGUUUGGAACAUGGGAAAAUGUUCGGUUCGAGAUCAAUCGCCGGCGAGUACUAGAGUGGGAGGCGGAGGAGCAACGCAGAGUCAAAGCUGCGCUACAGGAGGCAGUCAACCUUUCCGAGCAGAAGCUACAAGCGCGACGAGCACAAGCCGACUCUGACCUUUCAUCUAACGAGGACCUUGAUGAUGAUGAUGACGACGACAAUGACCUCGGUGAUCUUGAUAGCGAUGUCGAUAACAGCCAAGCGUUGUCGAUAGAUGCUGAUGAUGACGAUUCCGGCGACGAAGACGACGAUGUCAUGUCAUCAUCCGAUGAAGAGGGAGCGGGCGAAGAUCACACCGGAGACGCUGGCGACGCUGGCGACGAAAAGCUCACCCAAGAACAACUUCGCGCAAAAUACGCAAAUCUCCCUGAUUUGGCUGAAGAUGAGCCAUCAGAGGAAAAACUCACGAAUGGUGUGGAGUCAAAGCCUGAAACCGAAGCCGCCGCGACGACAGCUGGUGAAGAUGAUACCAGUGAUGAGUCCGUCGACAUGGAUGAUGAUCUUGGAUCUACCGAUAUGGAUGACAGUGACGAUGGCAGCGACGAGGACGAAGGCUCUGAACAGGAGGAUGACGAGGAGCCCGCCGGCUUACUAGGUAUGCUGUUUGGCAAAUCCGAAUUGAAGAAGAUGAAGGAUGAGACGCCAGACAAAGACGAGGAGCUACCGAUAAAGGAUGAUGCGCCUACGGUUGAGACACUUCCUACACAAGCGGAGGCUUCCACUCACUUCAGAGAUGAACCAGUCGACGAUGAGGAUGAAGUAUCUUUGAUUGAACAUCCUGGUCUGUACUUUGAUGACGAUGGAAUGGAGGUGGACGACAAAACCACCCAGGCGGAUACUUCGCAGCCUUCAGUCGAAGCACAUCGCAGCCUGGUGAAUGGCACUGAGACUGUAGAAGCUGAUAAACAGCCUCCUGCUCCUUCACCAAAGACUGACGUUGAAAGAAGCAACGGCAACGAUCAAGACCUUCUAACCAAUGGCGUCGACACCCCAGUCGCCGCCAAUCAUGCAAAUAAUGUAGCUACCACACAAGAGGAUGUUGAGAUGGAGGACGCGCCGCCCAAGACAGAUGUAUUGGAUGUUGUAGCCACAGAUCCUAUGACAGUGGCGCCGGCAAAACGUGCCAGCCCUGAUACUGACAUCGUUACCGUGCCACCCAGUCCGGAACAAAGUCACUCACCUCCGACAUCCGACACCAAACCUUCUGAAGUGGACUCUAUGUCCUUGGCAACACCAGGUGUCAAAGAUGUUGUCAGCCGCUCUGCCACCCCCAAUACGCCGCAAGUUGCCAAAACAGAAAUUCCGUUCCUUCUUCGAGGAACACUGCGUGAGUAUCAACAUGAUGGACUGGAUUGGCUUGCUGGGCUGUAUGCCAACAAUACCAACGGCAUUCUUGCAGACGAGAUGGGUCUCGGUAAAACCAUUCAGACCAUUUCUCUGCUUGCUCAUUUGGCCUGCCAUCAUGAAGUCUGGGGACCUCAUCUUGUUAUCGUCCCCACAAGUGUAAUGCUAAACUGGGAAAUGGAAUUCAAGAAGUGGUGUCCCGGCUUCAAGAUCCUCUCUUACUACGGAACCCAGGAGGAAAGGAAAAGAAAACGCCAGGGCUGGAACAAUGACGAUGUCUGGAACGUCUGCAUCACGUCGUAUCAACUGGUCCUUCAAGACCAGCAGGUCUUCAAACGCCGCCGGUGGCACUACAUGAUAUUAGAUGAAGCACACAACAUCAAGAACUUCAAGUCUCAACGUUGGCAGACCCUGCUCGGAUUCAACACUCACUCUCGGCUGCUCCUUACAGGCACACCGCUGCAGAACAACCUCACCGAGCUAUGGUCACUGCUCUUCUUCUUGAUGCCUGCCGAAAAUGGUGUCGGAGGCUUUGCCGAUUUGCAAGAAUUUCAUGACUGGUUUCACAAGCCAGAGUCUCAAAUCCUGGAAAAUGGCCGCGAGACCAUGGACGAGGAAGCCCGUGCCAUCAUCUCCAAGCUACACAAAGUUUUGCGACCAUACCUAUUACGAAGACUCAAGGCCGAUGUAGAGAAGCAGAUGCCAGCAAAGUACGAGCACGUUGAAUUCUGCCGUCUUUCGAAACGUCAGCGAGAACUAUACGACGGGUUCUUGGCUCGCACCGAUACACGAGAAACUCUCGCUUCGGGCAAUUACCUUUCCAUCAUCAACUGCUUGAUGCAGCUGCGCAAAGUCUGCAACCAUCCUGACUUGUUUGUUGACCGGCCUAUCAUGACGUCUUUCAGGAUGCUGAAGUCCGUACCUGCCGAGUACUCAAGCACAGAACAUUUCCUGCAGCGAUCACUCCUCAAGAUCCAGCCCAUGUCUGUCGUAAGCCUAGGAGUACUCAACAUGAUCCCCACGCAAUACGAGAGCAUGUCGAACACGACGGCGGAGCGAAUUUCACAACUCAGCCUGCACAGAGCGUUGAUGGAGCUGCGCGAGGCUCAGAAUACCAGGGCGCACCUUGCCCGUACGAACCUUGAUCCUUCGACUGUCCAAUCGAAUAUUGUGUACCUCGAUAGCCUGGCUCGAUGGCGCCGCUUUGAGGAGCUGCAGCACAGCGUCUACCUGAAUGCGCUCCGAGGACAGCGUCGGCCGAUCUAUGGCAAGCGCCUGAUUGACUUCCUCACACUCGGACUCGAUACCCGACCUCGAAAGCCUCGACCAAGGGUUCCUCAACAGAUACUGAACUGGUUCGCAGAGGACUCGGAUUUCCUCCGGGCGGUAAUCCACACCGCGGAUGAGCGAGCCGAUUCGAUGCAGACCACGGUCCAAAAGUUUGCAUGUGUCACCCCCGCUGUUAUCACUCGCGAUAUGAACGAGGUCAUAUUGGGCAGGAAAGCCGCACAGGCGUUUACCGACGAGGACCUUAAGCUAUCUGCACCAGUUCGAUGGGCUCCAUUCAUUCCCAAGCAGGCGCCCAUGGAUCCCUGGCACGAAUCCCGAAUGCGUCUCAGCAUCCAGUUCCCCGACAAGAGACUGCUCCAGUACGAUUGCGGAAAGCUUCAAGCGCUAGACAGACUCCUCCGCAAGCUUCAAUCAGGCGGUCACCGUGCCCUGAUCUUCACGCAGAUGACCAAAGUUUUGGACAUUCUCGAGCAGUUCCUCAAUAUUCACGGUCACAAGUAUCUUCGACUUGACGGUGCCACUAAAAUCGAGCAGAGGCAGAUCUUGACGGACCGAUUCAACCAUGACGACAGGAUUCUGUGCUUCAUUUUAUCGACUCGUUCAGGUGGGUUGGGAAUCAACCUUACAGGUGCAGACACUGUCAUCUUCUACGACCAGGACUGGAACCCUGCCAUGGACAAACAGUGCCAGGACAGAUGCCACCGUAUCGGACAGACGCGGGACGUACACAUUUACCGACUUGUUAGCGAGCACACAAUUGAGGCGAACAUUCUUCGCAAGGCAUCACAGAAACAAAUGCUGGACGAUGUCGUCAUUCAGGAGGGAAGCUUCACCACAGACUACUUCAACAAGCUCUCUGUCCGUGACGUUCUCGGUGCCGAAGGGAACGAUCUGGUGGACGAUGCAGCAAACGCCGCUAUGGACCGUCUCCUUGGAGGAGUCGAAAGCGGCAGUACGAGAAACGCGGGCGAGGAACUCAAGCAGGCCGAAGACAAGGAAGACGUGGAGGCCGCGAAAGCCGCCGAGAAGGAAAUACAAGAUGACGAUGCCGAGUUCCAAGAAAAGAGCGGAGCGCCCUCUGGGGCCUCCAGCACUCGGCAGGGCACGCCACGAGACGAGGUCUCCGGUCAGACAAACGGGCCAGGACCGUCAGGUCUCGGUCGCUUCUCUGAGUCCGUCGCGCCCAGCGAAGAAAUCGAACAAAAUGCGUGGGGUGACCGGAUCUAUAAUAUCGACGAGUACAUGCUGCGCACGAUGGCGGAGCUGCUCAAGGGGACGGCAUUGGAGCUGCCCAAGGAUAAGAAGAAGAGCAAGAAGAAGGGUAGAGACACGCGCAAACGAUAG